AUGGGUAUCUACAACGAGAAAAUUGACAUUCUAUUAUAUGAUGAUAUCUUCACAAAUACUUUCAAUUUAGUUUCAACAUCAUCAACCGACAAUGAUAAGCAUAUACGCUCAAUUGAUGAUCGAAUAGUUGAUCGUCUUUGUAUUAAUAUAUUACCUAAUAUACAUCAUUAUGUCAAAUAUCUUCUUUUCGAAUCAAUGUCAAUGGAGCGUAUUCUUCUUGCUGGUAACUAUACAAAUUUAAUUUCUAUGAAAUUAUUUAAUUUUACACAAGAUAUUGCUUUAAAUUAUUUUACAGAUGAAUCAAUCUUUGAAUAUAUUUUUAAAUAUGAAAUAAAAGAAGUUAUUCUUGAAAAUAAUGAUUAUUAUAAUUCCAUAAAAGAAAAAACAAUAGUAUUAAAAGAAUAUACUAAAAAUGUUUAUUUAUCAAUAAUGAAUUUAUUCAAAAAUCUUAAAUCUUUAACUAUUAUUUCAUCAUCCAAAAUCUAUUAUCCACCAUUGUCCAUUCAUGAUUUACCAUCAACUACUUUUUUUUCUUCGAUUCUUACAAAUUUAUCUAUCAAUGUAAAUAGUUUAGAUGAUUGUCUUUAUUUACUUGAUGGUCGUCUUAAACAAUUAAUUACAUUUAUUCUACAAAUUUAUUAUAUACAUAAUCAUUCAUCAAUUCUUCACAAUACCGUAAGUUUAGAGUUUUAUUUAAUAAUUAUUUUCAAUACAUAA